AUGCCGACAUUGGCGCUGACGAACUUCAAUAUCGUGUGCUCGGUGCUCGGCGGCUUCAUCACAACUUUCGGGCUUGUGAGUUAUCUGAUGAAGGAGAAGUUCUACUUAAGCGAAGCACUUAUCUCCCUCCUCGCCGGCAUCACGUUCUCGCCACAUGCUGCCAACUUCAUUAGGCCACUAGAAUACGCAGGCAGUCAAGCGAACAUCAAUGCCGUGACGCUGUACUUCAGCCGGCUGGUGCUAGGCGUGCAGCUGGUGCUUGCCGGCGUGCAGCUGCCGAGUCGGUAUCUGAAGAAGGAAUGGAGAGCGCUUGCGCUGCUCCUGGGGCCAGUCAUGACGAUUAUGGUGCGUAUCCGAGGAGCCUGCUUCUCCCUAUAUCAGACUGUCUCACUCAAAUCCCGAAACCUUCUUGAUCAGUCUGUUACAGUACAGUUGCUAACCCCCAGUGUCGCUCAGUGGCUCGCGGGUAGCCUCUUGGUGUGGGCGAUGGUGCCACACUUGCCGUUCGUACAUGCGUUGGCUGUUGCGGCUUGUGUAACGCCGACAGAUCCUGUGCUUUCAAACAGCAUCGUCAAGGGGAAGUUUGCAGACAAGAAUAUCCCCAAAGAUCUGCAGAAGAUUAUCAUCGCGGAGUCGGGGGCGAACGACGGGCUGGGAUACCCGUUCCUGUUCAUCGCUCUGUAUCUUGUCAAGUAUGCUGGUAAUGGCGGGCUAGGGCAGGAGGGAGGCGUGGGAAAGGCCUUGGGCCUGUGGUUUGGGGAGACGUGGGGAUAUACCAUACUGCUGAGUGUGGUAUAUGGCGCUACGGUGGGCUGGGUCGCGAAGGAGCUACUGCACUGGGCUGAGGAGAAGAAGUUUGUGGAUCGAGAGAGCUUCCUCGUGUUUGCUAUUACACUCGCUCUUUUCAUUGUUGGGACUUGUGGCAUUAUUGGCUCAGAUGAUGUACUUGCUUGCUUCAUCGCAGGCAAUGUCUUUACUUGGGACGAUUGGUUUCGUCUCGAGACACUGGAUGAUUCGCUACAGCCCACUAUUGAUAUGCUGCUCAACCUAUCUAUCUUCAUCUGGUUUGGAGCCAUCUGUCCCUGGGCCUCGUUUAGGACGAACGAUAUUAUACCCAUAUACCGAUUGAUAUUCUUAGGCGUUCUGGUUCUACUUCUCAGACGUCUUCCCGUCGUGUUCGCGUUGCACAAGCUCAUCCACCAGAUCGAAGAAAAGCGCCAGGCCAUCUUCGUCGGCUUCUUCGGCCCCAUCGGCGUCUCGGCCAUCUUCUACCUGUAUAUCAGCCUCGAGUUCCUCGAGACCGUCACCGUGGCCGAUGGGGCACAGCGCGAAGACGCGGCACGCCUGGGCGAGACGAUCCACGUUGUGGUCUGGUUCCUGACCAUCUGCAGCAUCGUGGUCCACGGCCUCUCGAUCCCGCUCGGCAAGGUCGGUUUCUUUCUCCCGCGCACCCUGUCGCGCGCCUUCACCUCCUCCCCACCCAGCGACAACACGGCGAGCGGCUUCCAGGUUGGGAAUUUCUCGCGCUCGUCGUCUGUUAGGGGGGUGUUAAGGGAGCGUCGUCGGAGGGGCAGGGAGGAGCAGUCGUCGCCGACGGAGAAUGAUGGCUCUGGUUCCAGAUCUGCUGCUGCUGCUGCUGCAUCGAGCACGACGAGGGUGCUUGGUAAGAUUGGAGGGAGAGUUAUCCCUACAGGUAUCGAGGCUGGGGCUGCGGAUGUAGGUGAGAGGGAAAGGGAGAGACCGUCUACGCCGCCGAGCGUGGCGGCCACGAGGACGAUUCGCUAUGCGGUUGAUGGGGAGCAUGUGCCGGGAGCGACUUAG